CAUUCACGGGUCCUAACUCAUCCCGAUCGAUCUUCCACACCCACAUUAAUUUAUACAUAUGUAGAUUUAUAACACUAUUACUUCUUUUGUCCUGAGCUAGCUGCAGCCCCAUCGAUGAUCCAUAUACGUUAAUCAUGUCCACUGCCCCACCUCCCUCUUCCUCUUCUUCUUCUUCCGUUUUCGUCACAGGCUUACUCAUCCUCCUCCUAGUCCUGCGCUCCUCCAACUGCUCCGCUGCCAGCACCACCGUCAGCCGCCCCCGCCAACUCUCCACCGACUACUACGCCAAGUCCUGCCCUCACCUGGAGCAGCUCGUCGGCUCCGUCACCUCCCAGCAGUUCAAAGAGGCUCCCGUUUCCGCUCCAGCCACCAUUCGCCUCUUCUUCCACGACUGCUUCGUUGAGGGUUGCGAUGGAUCGAUAUUGAUAGCUUCGGGGGCCGGCAACGGAGGAGGGAAGGCGGAGAGGGAUGCGGAGGAGAACAAGGACCUGGCGGCAGAGGGGUUUGAUACCAUACAGAAGGCAAAGGCGGUGGCGGAGAGCAAUUGCCCCGGGGUGGUCUCCUGUGCCGACAUUCUCGCCAUUGCUGCCAGAGAUUUUGUCCACUUGCACUCAUUGCAGGCAGGGGGUCCUUACUACGAAGUGAAGAAAGGGAGGUGGGACGGAAAUAUAUCAAUGGCAUCCAGAGUGAGCUCCAAUCUCCCCCACCCAAACUCCACCAUGGCCGACCUCCUCAACCUCUUCUCAUCCAAAGGCUUGUCCAUCGACGACCUUAUUGUCCUCUCCGGCGCCCACUCUAUCGGCUUCGCCCACUGCGCCCACUUUCUCAGCCGCCUCUACAACUUUCGCGGCACCAAAAGCCCCGACCCCGCCGUCGACCCACGCCUCCUCAAGGCCCUCCGGAUGUCCUGCCCGGAGUCCGGCGGAAACCCCGACGUGCUGGUGCCGUUCGAUGUCACCACCCCCUUCUCCUUCGACAACGCCUACUACAGUAAUCUGGAGGACAACCUGGGGCUACUGGCCACGGACCAAGCAUUGUUCUUGGACCAGAGGAGCAGGGCGCUGGUUCAGGCUUUUGCCAAGGAUAAGCACCAGUUCUUCCAAGCUUUCUCGGUGGCUAUGGACAAAAUGGGUUCCAUAGGGGUGAAGAGCGGGAGGCUGCAUGGGGAGAUGAGGAGAGACUGUAGCAUGCACACGUGAUUAAUUCCAUUCUUGUGCAUGCUGCCUAAAUUAAUUAUGAGAAAGUUUCAUACUUACUCUCAAAUUUUGUUUCUUGCUAUAUUUUUUUUAAAGGUAAAUUCAU